CACUAACUUAUGUCCGUGUUUUCUUCGUAGAACGUGUUGUCGCCUCUGUGUUAUUAUUAAUUUUAUCAUCAUUUGUUUCCGAUUUAUUUUACAAUUCCCGAAUUUACGAUCGUUCGAAUAGAAUUCUAGUAUCUACUUAUUCUAGAUUGUAACACGGAGCAUUACGAAUUAUUUGGAUUUUAGGUUCACCAACACAUCGUGAUUAGUACUCAUAAUGGGGGUUGACACUGAAUUAGUAAAAACACAUGUUCGCCCUAGGUGCUUUAUGGAUGUAGCUGUUGAUAACAUUAUUUUGGGUCGUAUUGUGUUUGAACUAUUUGAUGACUUUUGCCCACUGACUUGUGAAAAUUUCCGAGCAUUGUGUACAGGUGAAAAAGGUUUAGGUAAAACUACUGGUAAACCUUUGCAUUUCCAAGGCGUUAUUUUUCAUCGCGUUGUAAAAUCAUUCAUGGUACAAUGUGGAGAUUUUUCAACUGGAAAUGGUACAGGCGGUGAAUCUAUAUUUGGAGGAACUUUUCCAGAUGAAAACUUUGAUUUGAAACAUGACCAACCUUUUUUACUUUCAAUGGCUAAUCGAGGACCAGAUACAAAUGGUUCUCAAUUUUUUAUAACAACACAACCAACUCCUCACCUAGAUGGUAUACACGUGGUAUUUGGAAGAGUGGUUUCUGGUCAACCGGUUGUUAUGCAGAUUGAAGAACUUGGAGUUGACAAAAAUUCACGCCCACUUCAGGAUGCAAAGGUGGUGAAAUGUGGAGAGCUUAUUUUGAAGUCUAAAAUUAAACAAUCCGAGAAAAGUGCAUCUGAUAGUGAAACAAGCUCGGGAUCGGACAAUGACAAAAAAAGAAAGCGAAAGAAAAAGAAGAAGGAAAAGGAAUCAAAAAAAAAAACAGAAAAGAAAUUGGACCGUUUAAAGGAUGAAGACGAUGAUGCUGAAGCAGAAGGUCAGCUACAUCCGCUUGUAUCUGUUUCUAAUAUCGAUCCUGAAGAAAUACCAGCUGGACCACCAAAUAGAUUUUUGUCUCGAGGUGGUCCUUCAUCGAUGUUUCUUAUGAAACCUCAAAAGGAUAAUGAUGAUAGACCAAAGAAAAGAAACAGAAUUCGCGGUGUUACAAAAUCUGGCCGUAUUGUUAAAGGUCGUGGAACUCUCAGAUUUCGAACCCCAUCUCGUAGUAGGUCUAGAAGUUACACUCCACCCCAUUGGAGACAAGAACAAAAAAAAAUGAUAACUUUCAAUGAAUUUGAAAAAAUGGAGAUUGAACGUAAAGAAAAAGAAGAAGAAAUUAAAAGACGUGAGGAGGCCAGAAAAAAGAGGCAUGAAGAAAAAGAAAAACGCGAGAAAGGUAAAAAUGGACAAACACCUCCAGGAUCCCCACCUAAGGGUUCUGAGAAACAAAAUGAUAAAAUUGAAAUCGACAUGAUGGCUAAAAUUGAAGAUGUAUUUCAAAUAAUACGUGAUCGCAACUUGAAAAAUGGUUCAGAUAACCAUGAUAAUAAAAAAGCUGACCAACGUUUAAGUGAUAUAAAGAAAAAAAGUAAAGGAGAAAACAGAGAAAAGUUCCAAAAAAUGGAAAAGAAAUUUGAUAGACGUUCUAGGAGCCGCUCACCAAAACGCCGUUUUAAUGACAAUUUUCGUCGAGAUCGAGUGCAAAGAGAUGGAAAUAGAUAUCAUAAAGAUAAUAGAUAUGACAAUAAAUCAAUACAAGGAGAACAAAGAAAUCGUUCUAGAGAUAGAGAACAUUUUGACAAGAAAAAAAAGAACCAUCGCCGAUCAAGCUCUAGUUCUUCGGAAGAUCGUAAAAAUAAAAAAAAAAUCAGGAAUGAAAAUAGUUUUAGUUUAUCACCUGAAGUUAAAGAUUAAAUCCUCAUGAAUAUUUUCUGCUAUUUUAUAAAAACCUAAAGUAGCUAAUUGAACUUUAUUUCUAAUUUUAUUUUGUUUUUUACUGUCAAUUAAAUACCAUUUAUUAUGUAUAAGAUAAUUUGCUACUGAAUGAUUAGAUUAGAACUACUGAAUGAUUUUGCAUUUUGAUUAAUCUAGACAUAUAAAAUCCAAUAAAAAUAUAUAAUGCAAGACACAAUUAUUAUGAAGUGCAUAAUAUUAGAUUGAUAACAAAAAAUUAUACAGACUUCUUAAACAUAAAAAUAUGACUUAAAUAAAUCUAAAACCCAUAUAAUAUACUCCAUAUUACCAUAGUAAAAUCACUAUAAACAUGGUUUU